AUGAGCGCAAGCAACUUGUUUAGGUUUUUGCAAGUAACUCUGUUCCCGGGCAAGGGAAUAUGCAUCGGUUUAGCCAACGCACGCAAAGACAUACCAACCUCCAAACCUCCCUCACAAUCCCUCGGCUUACACAACGACAUCGAAUAUUUCUCCCCAUCAAUCGACAAAGUCUCCACCUUUCGGGCCCUCCCAAGCCCGAAAUCCGCACCGUACAAAUCAACCCUAGCCGAUCCAGACACGGAAAACAAACGCUUGCCCAAAACCGACCUUAUAGUCUUCGGCCCAUUCUCAAACCACUCCGUGAUUUUAUCCAUACCAUUCAAUUUGUUUUUUAUCUCAUCGGCUAUGGCCCUAGCCGCCAAGAAGAACCCGUCAGGCCCGAUUAGCUCAUGGUGCCGGAUUUUCGGCACCCCGCCUGAUAAGCAGUUGCCGAAGUAG